AUGUAUACACCAAUUCCCUCAUGGAGCAAUCUGCUCAUGUCCGCUCUUGCUCUUAUCCCGCUUGCCUCCGCAAUCCCAUGCUCGUCAUGUAGCACUCACCUCGCUACCUCCAACUCGACAAUCCUUCCUUAUCUCAACCCUCAGCUCUGCAUUCAAGACCGUCUCGACGACUUGCUUUCUCGCAUGACCCUCGAGGAAAAAGCAGGCCAACUCUUUAUCAAACAGAUUCCCGCCGGCAUAAACGGCACAAUCGACAACACCACUUUCGUCCUCGAUGGCAACCGCAACCUCACCACUGCACCCCUGAUCACCGAAAUACUGCUCUCGCAUUUCAACGUCAACAAUGCUAGAUCUGCAAAACAAAUGGCUGAGUGGCACAAUGCAAUUCAAGAAUUGGCUUUGCAGACACGCCUCAAGAUUCCUGUAACCAUUGCUAGUGAUCCCAGACAUGCGUUUGCAGAUACUGUGGGUUCUUCCAUUGCAAGUGGCCAGUUCUCCAAGUUCCCGGAGAGUUUGGGUAUUGCGGCAUUGAGGGAUCCCGUGUUGGCUGAACUCUACGCUACGAUUAUCAGAGAAGAGUAUCUGGCUGUUGGCAUUCGAUCAGCACUGCAACCUCAAAUCGAUGUAGUCACUGAGCCUCGUAUGGCAAGAAGCGGGCAAACCUUUGGCGAAGACGCGAAUUUGACUGCUUCAAUGGUUGUUGCAUUGAUCAAAGGUUUCCAGGGCACCGAGCUAGGCUUGAAGUCAGUAACAACAGUCACCAAACAUUUCCCCGGCGCAGGACCUGCGAGAAAUGGCAAUGAUUCUCAUUUUGCCACUGGCAAGGACAACACAUAUUUCGGCGAUUUCCUCGACUACCAUUUGAUCCCCUUCAAAGCUGCCAUUGCCGCUGGGGGACGUCAGAUCAUGCCUUCCUACGCCAGACCCAUUGGCACAAAGUAUCCCGAAGUAGCUUUUGGCUUCAACAAACCUGUCAUUACUGGUUUACUCAGAGAAAAACUUGGCUUUGAUGGUAUAGUGGUGAGUGACUGGGGUCUAAUCACCGAUCAAGCCAUCCUAGGAGUCAUAGAGCCAGCGCGCGCCUGGGGACUCGAAAACACCACUGAACUCGAGCGCGCAAAACUCGUCUUGGAUGCAGGAGUCGAUCAAUUCGGCGGCGAGAUCUGUACCGAGCUUCUCAUUGAACUCGUCUCCUCUGGCCAGAUCCCUGAAUCCCGCUUGGAUAUUUCAGUCCGCAAACUCCUCGAAGAAAAAUUCUUGCUCGGUCUCUUCGACAACAGAUUCGUGGAUCCAGAGGCCGCUGAUACAGUAGUCGGAAACGCCUAUUUCGCACGCAUUGGCAAUGAAACACAGAGACGUGCUUACACUCUACUCACCAACCAAAACGAUAUCCUACCCCUGCGUCCCACAGACGGCACAAAAUUCUAUGCACGUGGCUUCAACGCUACUUACCUCUCAGCGCGAAACCUCACUGUCGUCGACUCACCAGAAAAAGCAGAUUUCUGUUUCUUGCGUCUGAGUACACCCUGGGAAGCAAGGGGCUCGCCUUUCCGCCAACGAUACCACGAAGGCCGUCUUGAUUUCAACACUUCGGAGAUUGCUGCACAUUCUGCGCUGUUCAACUCUUGUCCCACCAUCGUUGAUGUUCUCCUCGAUCGCCCUGCCGUGAUCCCGGAAGUUGCUGCAGAGGCAGCAGCGCUGUUUGGACAUUAUGGAGCUAGCGCUGAUGCGUUUUUGGAUGUGGUGUUUAACAAGGAUGGAUGGGAGCCGGAGGGUAAAUUGCCGUUUGAUAUGCCGAGGAGUAUGGGCGCUGUAGAGGCGCAGGUUGCCGAUGUGCCGUUUGAUACUGUGGAUCCGCUGUUUGGGUUUGGACAUGGGUUGAGCUAUGGCAGGACUGCUUUGUGUGGGUGA